AUGACUGUCGCCGCCGAUGAAGGAUUUGUCCUCCAGACAUCGGCUUGUAAUGGUGUUACUUGCGGCGCUGCCGAAUUAUGCGUCGAGGAUCAAUACGCAGCUGGCGGAUAUCGCUGCGAGUGCGAUGCCGGAUACAGACUUUACAAUACCACCUGCAAAGAAACGAUUCUAGCGACCGAAACGCACGAAUCAAAAGUCGUCUUUGACGCUCAACAAGAAGGAACAAUUGCAGGGAACGGGGGGCAAACGGCAGAAGAAGGAUACAAAGAGCAGUUUUACCCAUCAUCUUUGAUCGAUCAAAGCCAGAUAGAGAUUUUUGUAGCUGAAGGUGGAUACGCUUCUGCGGUCGAUUUUCGCUCAGAUGGAUUUUACGCAAUUCUUCACUUGGUCAUCGAAAUAGUCAUCGACCCGAGUGCGACAUUGACGACGGACGAUUUGGAUACAGCCUUGUCGGGUGAAUCCAGAUCGCUAAGUUACGAGGGCAGCUCAGAAUUCGACAGCGUCAUAUACGAUAACGAUUUGUCUUACGCCAUCAUGGAGUGUCCAUUCUAUCAAUAUAAAGGAACGGAAUUAUGA